CGCGGCUGCUUCUCUGGAACCCCCUCCCUCUGCAUUUGCAGGUCCACGCCGCUUAGAUUUGAAUCAGCGUCGGUCCACGUUCCCGGACCAGGGAUUAAACUCGAGCAACAGCAGUUUCUUUUUGCAGCCUGGAAAACUCCCAACCUCUGUCGUGUCGAUCUCUCUACCCUGCUGGGCUAUUUCAUUUUUGCUUUUAAACAAUGUCCGGGCAGCAGAAUGGCUCGUCCCGAAUUGCCAACUUCAAAGCCUUUUAGAGCAACUCGCAUUUGGUGUAACAUCAUUGUUGCCCUUCAGUCAGAAGUGGAGGUGAAACGUCGCAGACACCAUCUAAAACACCACAAUGACUGUUUCCUUGGUUCUGAUGCUGUUGAUCUUAUUCUGAAUCACCUUCUGCAGAAUUGCUAUUUUGGUGAAGCUGAAAUUUCACGGUCAAAGGUGGUGCGGCUUUGCCAGGCUUUGAUGGACAAUAAGGUGUUUGAAGCAGUCGGCACAAAACUUUUUGGCAAGGAUAAAGAGUCGACAUUUGAAGACAGUAGCUGCAGUUUGUACAGAUUUACCACUGUACAUAGAUGGGUUGAUGUUGUGAAUGAAUGCCAGGCUUCCAGCCAUAGAUUCAACGGAUUUCACAGGAGGCAACAACCACCUCCCUUUUCUACAAGCAGCAACCCACCUGACAGUCCAUUAGAAGAACUGUUCAGUAAUUUGAGCUUGAAACCUGUAACAACUUCUUCAGCCAUUGAAAUGUCACAAUUGCCUCACGCUGUGGUUGAAGAGGUAUGGCAAGAGCAAACAAUUCUACGUCUGUUACAGCUGAUUGAUCUCCCAAUCUUGGAUUCUCUAUUGGAUAGAAAAGAGCAUCAGACAAAGCUCCAGAAUUCAAGCACCAAUGCUGAUGUCAUAACAAGCAACUUUCUGGACCGGGAAAUUCUAAGGGCAUUCAGUGAUUCUCGGGAAGAUAAUUGGUUGUCAUCUGCAAUCAACUUGUUGGAGUUCCUCCCAGACCUCACAGUAGUGGAGAUCAGCAGGAAUCUUCCAGAAUCAUCCUCUGACAUAGACCAGUGCAAAGUGCUGCUUUUUGAAGCUAUUGCUAAGUAUUACAGUCAGACCAAAGAGCCUCUCCUCACCAAUGACUUCUUCGACAUACAUACAGGAGUUGCAGAGCUCCUUGUGAAUGGAAAGUCAGAACCAGCACUAGAAGCAACACAGCUGUGUCUCAAGCUUAUGGAUUCCAGGAAUCGGGAAGAGCUAAGGAGACUGUUGAAUUUCAUGGCUGUUGCUGCACAGCCUACAUCUGUUACCUUACAGAAAGGGGUUGAAGGUCGAAUUGUAAUGAAGAGGACUUUUGGUAAAGCCAUUGUUUUUAAUAAGAACCUUCCAAAAGGGAAAGCUGAUCUCUUGGUUUUGUUCCUACUUGAUCAUCAGAAAGAUGUGUUUAAGGUCCCAGGAUCAUUACACAAAAUGGUGAGUGAGAAAUUGAUGUUCAUUCAACAUGGUGGAGAUCCAGAUCUAAACACAGGCCGCACUUACUGUGAAAGACUUACUCGUGCUGAAUGUGAAAGAAACAUGCGGAAGACCACUAGGGAUGAACUCUUAUUGCUGCUUCAAACAAUUGAUGAAAACCCCAAGCUGUCUGCCAAAGAGAAAAAGAAGGUCCUUGCUCAGUUUAACAAGAGUCAUCCAGCUGUUUUUAUUCAAUAUUUCUUCAAUGCAUUGAGGAAAUCAUAAUCUUGUCUGGCUGAGUUCCAGUGAUAGGUAAAGUAUUGAUAUGUGAUGCUAAGUUAAUUCUAA